AUGAGCAGCGACAAAAUUCAAGACCCAAAAUCGGUCGCCGGCGCCGCCGUUAAGAUUCUGCCGGAAUUCCAACAGAGUGUGAAACUAAAGUACGUGAAAUCGGCUUACCAUUACCUAAUGAAACAUCUAUUGACUCUCAUCUUAAUCCCACUCUUAGCAAUCGUGACCGUCAAAACUACCCAGAUGGGAUACGACGACGUAUUAGAGAUAUAUCUCAUGUUAGAAGACAAUCUUCUAAGCGUCGUCGUUUUGGGUUCUUUAAUGGUUAUCGGGUUGACUUUUUAUAAUUUGACCCGACCCAGAUCGGUGUACUUGAUUGAUUUCUCGUGUAAUAAGCCAAGUGAUAAUUGUAAGGUGGGAUUUGAAAAGUUUAUCGAACAUUCUAGACUUUCUGGAAACUUCGAAGAAUCUUCAUUAGAGUUUCAGAAGAAGAUUCUAGAAAGAUCUGGUCUUGGACAGGAGACUUAUUUGCCUGUGGCCUUGCACUCUCUACCACCUUGCCCUACCGUAGCCAACGCCCGUCUAGAGGCGGAGCAGGCUAUUUUCGACACUAUGGAUAACCUGUUUGCAUCAACCCACGUAAAACCAAAAGACAUCGGAAUCCUUGUUCUAAAUAACAGCCUAUUCAACCCAACCCCAUCUCUCUCGGCCAUGAUCAUAAACAAAUACAAGCUUCGUAGUAACAUCCAUAGUUUCAACAUAGGUGGAAUGGGUUGUAGCGCCGGUGUAAUUGCCCUCGAUCUCGCUAAACACAUGCUCCAAGUUCAUCGAAACACUUACGCAAUCGUUAUUAGCAACGAGAAUAUCACCCAAAAUUGGUAUUUCGGAAACAAAAAAUCCAUGCUCAUAUCCAAUUGCAUCUUUCGAAUGGGAAGUUCCGCGGUCAUAAUAUCUAAUAAAUCUUCCGAUCGUCGUCGUGCAAAGUAUAAGUUGGUCCAUGUGGUGAGGACUCAUUGUGGAGCCGACGAUCGAGCCUUCAAUUGUGUGUGCCAAGUGCCGGAUGAUAAUGGUACAAUGGGAAUUUCGUUAUCGAAAGAUCUAAUGGCUGUCGCGGGUCGAGCUCUAAAAUUGAAUAUUACAACUUUGGGUCCACUUGUUUUGCCAAUAAGUGAACAAUUACUUUUCUUCGCUAACCUUGUUGCGAGGAAGUUAUUUAACAAGAAAUUUGAACCUUAUAUUCCUGAUUUCAAACUCGCUUUUGAUCAUUUUUGUAUCCAUGCUGGUGGAAGGGGAGUUAUCGAUGAAUUGGAGAAGAAUCUACAAUUGUCACCCGAUAACGUGGAAGUUUCUAGAAUGACUCUACAUCGUUUCGGCAAUACCUCCUCGAGCUCAAUAUGGUAUGAGUUAGCUUACCUAGAGGCAAAAGGAAAGAUGAAGAAGGGAAAUAGAGUUUGGCAAAUUGCAUUUGGGAGUGGUUUUAAGUGUAAUAGUGCAGUUUGGAAAGCAUUAAGGAACAUUAAUCCGUCGGAGAACAAUCCUUGGACUGAUUGUAUUUCCAAAUAUCCUAUCAAAGUUAAGACUAAUUAA